AUGGAGUCCAACCUGCAAGGGACGUUCCUGCUGAACAACACGCCGCUGGCCCAGUUCCCGGAGAUGAAGGCCCCCGUGUGCCAGUACUCGGUGCAGAACUCCUUCUACAAACUCAGUCCGCCGGGGCUGGGCCCGCAGCUGGCCGCCGGCACCCCGCACGGCAUCACGGACAUCCUGAGCAGGCCCGUGGCCACGCCGAACAGCGGCCUGCUCUCCGGCUACCCCCACGUGGCCGGCUUCGGGGGACUGGGCUCCCAGGGCGUCUACUACAGCCCCCAGGUGGGGAAUUUCUCCAAGGCCGGGAACGAGUACCCCGCCCGGACCCGGAACUGCUGGGCGGACACGGGCCAGGACUGGCGAGGCGGGCGGCAGUGCAGCAGCACCCCGGACCCCCUGAGCGACAGCAUCCACAAGAAAAAGCACACGCGACCCACCUUCACGGGGCACCAGAUCUUUGCCCUGGAGAAGACCUUUGAGCAGACCAAGUAUUUGGCUGGCCCUGAGAGGGCCCGCCUGGCGUACUCCCUGGGGAUGACCGAGUCACAGGUCAAGGUGUGGUUCCAGAACCGCAGGACCAAGUGGCGGAAGAAGAGCGCCCUGGAGCCCUCGUCCUCCACGCCCCGGGCCCCGGGGGGCGGGGCGGGCGCGGGCGGGGACCGCGCGGCUUCGGAGACGGAGGACGACGAGUACAACAAGCCGCUGGACCCGGACUCGGACGACGAGAAGAUCCGGCUGCUGCUCCGCAAGCACCGCGCCGCCUUCUCGGUGCUGAGCCUGGGCGCGCACAGCGUCUGA